GGGUAAUGUUUUCGAACGCAGCCGACGUGUGGUACACUUAAACUGCCAGUCAUUGUUCUCGAAUCGGUUUCAUCGCGAUUGAAUCUCGGUUUGGCUCUGUGCAGUGGGUAGGCGGAUUUUGGUGCGGUGAAUUUAAUGUAAUUAAUCGAAAUAUAAUGGGAGCGGUACGAAUAAUUAACGACGAUCGUCAUUUCAAUGGCGAAUUGUCUAACGCCGGCCAGAAACUCGUCGUCGUAGAUUUCACAGCCAGUUGGUGCGGACCCUGUCAAAGAAUCGCCCCGAUAUUCGAGCAGCUGUCGCUCAAGUAUUCCAAGGCGGUGUUCCUGAAGGUGGACGUGGACAAGUGCUCGGACACCGCGGCGGUUCAGGACGUCACCGCGAUGCCCACCUUCAUCUUCUACCGCAGGCGUACGAGGCUGGGCCACUGCCAGGGCGCGGACCCGGUCGGGCUGGAGUCCAAGAUCCAGCAGUUCUAUGGCAGCGGCGACGCCGACGACGCGGACGACUCGGGCGCGGACUCUCUGCCCGGCCAUAUGGACCUGUCCAGUUUCAUAAUGAAGCAGCAGUGCGAGUGUUUAAACGAGUCGGACUAUCACACUUUCCCUCAGUGCUUGAACUCGGACAGUGGGUAUCUUCAGAGCGACGAGGACGAGCAGCUGAUAAUGUCCAUCACGUUCUCGCAGCCAGUUAAGGUUCACUCGCUCAAGAUCAAAGCACCCACGGAAAACGGGCCGAGGAACAUCAAGCUGUUUAUCAACCAGCCCAGGACAAUCGAUUUUGAAAUGGCGAGCUCCAACACGAGCAUUCAAGACCUAACAUUAUCAGCCAAGGAUCUCGAGGAGGGGAAUCCGGUACCGCUGCGCUACGUCAAGUUCCAGAACGUGCAGAAUCUUCAAAUCUUUGUGAUAGACAAUCAGAACGGCUCGGAAACCACGAGAAUCGAUCAUCUAGUCGUAAUCGGCUCGCCGAUCUCGACUACGAAUAUGGGAGAGUUCAAGCGAGUGUCCGGCAAGAAGGGAGAAAGCCAUUGAGCGACUUUCCUGCGACAAUAAUAUAUCAGGAUAUAUCGUCAGGAAUUUCGAAUUUGCCUACUAACAUUCCCCUAUGGUUUUUUCUUCGCAUGGAAGACGAGAGGAAGGAGGAAAAGAAAAGCCGGUGUAACGAGAAUCUUGAAACAAUAAUAAAAUCCGAUUUGAUUACCAUA